GGUUAUUCCAGCACCUUUACAGACAGAAAACUGGGGCAAGUUUUAUUUCUUCGUCCACUCUCUUGUAUGUUUCCUUUUGCUUGCCGGUGUCUCUGGUGCACAUGAGGGAACUCAGCAACAACGCACCUCUUGGGGUCCAGCGCCCCCAAACCCAGUGCCAGACCCAUUCCGGGGAAAGGAGUCCAGGGGCACAUUGCCACCUGAUGAGCUACCUCGACCAGCCUCUGCCUCCCACUCCGCUCAUGCUACUGCAGCUUGAGCUUGGUGCCACCUGCCUGCCCCGAGCAGCCCUGCCCACCUGUUAGCAGCUAGGCGAGACCCAGCGCAAGGGCUGGCAUGUGUGUGAGGGUUUGAAAUCCCGGCCGAUUUUGCCCCAUCUCAGGCUGCAGCAGCAGCCCUGGGAACCUUAGCACUGGAAAAGUGACAGCGAGCGAGAGAAGCUCCCCCCUGGCUCUGCUGCUGACGUCUCUCCUUCCUCUUGUUCUUUCCCUAUAAAGAAUCCCAGGCUCACAUCAAACAUCCCAGCAAAAGCAGAUCAAACUGGGAGGGGUGGGGGAGAGCGAGAGAAAUACCUAAACUGGGAUCUGCCCAGGCAGAAGCCCCACUCCUUGCAAGAAGCCGAACCGGUCGCCUGCUCCUGGGCUUGUGAUUCCCCCAGCACCAUGUAGCAGAGAUCCCGUGGGCUCGUGUCAGCUGAAACAGCUACUGGGACGCAGGCGUUUUGUUUUGGUUCCCCCCCUCCUCCUGUCUCGCAAGCCUGAGAGAGUUUAAAAGCUUCUUCCUCCAGAUCCCUGCAGCACCUGCACCUCCCUGGAUAAACAGACCUCAGCGGAGGCUCUUGGUUGCAGACACUUUAACCAGAACCCAGCCCAAGGGAAGAGAGCGACUCAGAAGCAGCCGCUCAGUGACUCGAAAAAACUUUGCACCAAAACUUUUUGUUGCGGUUGCUUCGCUUUGUUAACCCCUUUGGUCAGUUGUGUAACAUCUGCUCUUCUCACCGGUCUCUUUACUUUAAUCAGAUUUUAGCCAAAAAAAAAAAAGGGGGGGGGGGAAAAACCAACCCAAACAAACAAAAAACCCCAGAUCAUCCCAUGAGUUCGGAGGGGGGAAACAAGGAAUAAAGUUAUUCUGAAAAAAAAAUAACAUUUGGCCGUCAAGAAGAGAGGGAGGCAAACAAAACCUGUAGCAAAGGGGGGAAGCAGUGAAUGGAAAGCGCAGUUUCACUGGAAUCAACAAGUGAGAACUUCUGGACGCCUUGUUCUUCCCCCUCCCCGCCCUUACCCAGCCUGAGGGCUUUGAAACUUGUUGCUGGAAAGAAAUUGACCCUAUUGACAGAUCUCCCUUCUUGCACGUUUAUAAAGGAUAUACUCAUCAUUCACAUCUGCACCAGACAUGAUUCCAAAGCACUGCACCGCCCUGGCUGUUUGUGUGCUUCAUGGACUGCUUUGGCUACAAGGUCUUGCUCUGGAAGAACUGCUACUGAAACCAAAGUUGAACAUCACAGAAGAUCAAAUUGUAAUCAAUGCAGGAGAUUUCUUUGCCAUAACAUGCAGGGGAGCAGCCGCCUUGACCUGGCUAUGGGGAAAUGAGCCACACAAAGACGUUCCCCACAGAUGGACCGUAUCUGAGCACAAGUGUUCAGACAACAUACAGCAGACCUGCAGCAGGCUCACAAUCAACAAAGCUAUAGCCAGCGACACUGGUUACUUCACCUGUGUUUAUAAUGACCUCCUUUCUAACAAGGACCUCAUGGCCAAGACAUAUGUGUACGUUACAGACCACCAGAAUCCAUUUGUUCAGAUUCACCCUCGAUAUCCCAAAGUGAUAUAUGUAGUGAAUACUACCGAAGUGGUUGUCAUACCCUGCCGGGUCACCUCACCAGAUAUCAAACCCAAGCUUCGACAGCUUCCUUCUUCUUCUUCAGAGUUCAGCUACUGGAGGAUGGUGUGGGACCCCAAGAGAGGAUUUGUCAUCCCCUCUCCUCCUUUCCACUUCUUCAAAGGCAUGCUCAUGUGUACAACCAAAGUAAACGGAAUUGAGUCCUCAUCCUACUACAUCCUACAGAAAGUGGAGGGCAGAAUACAGAACCUGGCUCUGAAAGCAAACUCCAGAAAGCUGCUGGUCGGAGAUACUCUCAACCUGGAAUGCAGUGCGGAGACCUUUUUCAAUGGACGGAUUGAAUUUGAAUGGCAGUAUCCUAGUGGGAGAGAUCAUAAGCCUACACGAAUUUUGAACAAAAGUCAGUCCGUUUAUAAAGGCUUCAGUAAUCUGACCAUCCACAACGUUACCAUGGAAGACAGUGGCUUGUAUAUAUGCAGAGCAGUCAAUGUAACGGGACUGGAGACCAAUGUAAUGAUACUGAAGGCCAAUGAAACAAUCACUGUAUACAACAAAGCUUUCCUGAGAGUUUCUUAUAAGAAAGGACCCUACCAAGAGGGGGUAGCAGGACACAAGUUACUGAAACUAGCUGUGAAGGUGGAUGCCUUUCCCCGCCCCAGUGUUACCUGGUAUAAAGAUGGCAAGCUAAUCAAGGAGAACCACACUUGCUAUGUACCAGAUCGAACAAAGUACAAGCUGGGCAUAAGGGAUUUGAGACCAAAGCAUGCUGGGAACUACACCAUAGUCCUGAGCAACACUAAACAUGGCCUGUAUGAGAACCUCACCAUCCAGCUGGUAGUGACAGAGAGGCCCAAAAUCUAUGAAAAGGAGACAGACUUUGACAAGGUCGCACAAGUGAACCUAGGAAGCACACAAAGCCUUCAGUGCACUGCGAGCGGGACUCCGGACCCCAAGAUCAUGUGGGAAUGGGAGCCAUGCGCCCCUGCAGAAGACACGCGCUGCAGACACAGUGGAAAAAGAAUUGUCGUUCAGAAAAACAUCAGUGAGACAGACAUGUGGACAGGCAACAAAAUUGAGAGCAUUGAGGAGAAAUACAUAAUGCAUGAAGAUAAAAAAAAGAUCAUAAGCAAGCUGACUACAGAACAUAGCACUGCAUCAGGGAUCUAUUACUGCGUGGCUUCGAACAAGAUUGGCAAAGAGGAAAGAAGCAUCAAGUUCUAUGUCUCAGAUGUGCCAUCGGGUCUGCAAACGGAGCCACAGAUCACCACCAUCGUGGGGAGUGAUGUUCAGCUGACUUGCAGAGCCUCCAGAUACAUUUACGAUCACCUGGCAUGGUACUACCCUUCCUCAGAGGUGGUGCCCGCCAGCUUCAUGCAGGAGCAAAUUGACAGAUACUCCAUUUCCUUGACACUGGCCAUUAGUAAUGUCACAGAGGAACACGCCGGGCAGUACAAGUGCAUCGCUCAGAAUCGGCACAACAGCACGGAAGUGCGAGAAGAGGACACCCAGCUUGACGUUAAAGCAAAGGCAGUGCCAUAUAUUAUGCAGAACCUCACGGACCGAGAGGUUAACAUCAGUGGCAAGAUCAUUCUGGAGUGCAAAGUCAAUGGAACCCCAACGCCUCAGAUUGCGUGGCGGAAAAAUGGCUAUCCCAUUUCACCUGCUUCAGGAAUUUCCAUGGAAAAUAACACCCUAGUCAUCGAACGAGUGAAAAAAGACGAUGAAGGCCUCUAUGAAUGUACGGCUUCCAAUGAAAUGGGCAAUGACAGCACAUCAGCAUUUAUUAAAAUACAAGGCUCUGAAGAAAAAUCCAAUAUUGAAGUUAUCAUUUUGGUCUGCACUGGUCUAGCAGCUACCCUUUUUUGGCUUCUUCUGACCCUUUUCAUUCGGAAACUGAGAAAACCUGAUGCCACAGAUAUUAAAACGGGAUACCUGUCAAUCAUAAUGGAUCCAGAGGAAAUGCCCCUUGAUGAGCAGUGUGACCGUCUGCCAUAUGACAGUAGUAAAUGGGAGUUCCCAAGAGACAGGCUGCGGCUUGGUAAAACACUGGGUCAUGGUGCUUUUGGGAAGGUCGUGGAGGCAUCUGCUUUUGGUAUCGAUAAAUCUUCAACCUGCAAAACAGUCGCCGUUAAAAUGCUUAAAGCAGAAUGUGCAACUACAAAUGAGUGCAAGGCUUUAAUGUCCGAGCUGAAGAUCCUCAUCCACAUAGGACACCAUCUGAACGUGGUCAACCUGCUGGGAGCCUGCACCAAAGCAGGAGGUCCUUUGAUGGUCAUCGUAGAAUACUGCAAAUAUGGAAAUCUGUCUAAUUACCUGAGAGGAAAACGAGGGGACUUUGUUGCAUAUAAGUCCCAGGAGAACUCUGACCAAGCAGAGAAAAGUCUGGAUGAGUCCAACAGUGAUUUAACAGAGCUGAUCAAGAGGCGCCUUGAGAGUGUGGCCAGCACAGGAAGCUCGGCCAGUUCAGGAUUCAUUGAAGAUAAGAGUUACAGUGACUCGGAAGAGGAAGAAGAAGAUGGUGAGGAUCUGCAAAAGCGACCCCUAACCUUGGAGGAUCUGAUUUGCUAUAGCUUCCAGGUGGCAAAAGGCAUGGAGUUCCUGGCCUCCAGAAAAUGUAUUCAUCGGGAUUUGGCAGCAAGGAACAUCCUUCUGUCGGAAAACAACGUGGUUAAGAUCUGUGACUUUGGACUGGCUAGGGAUAUUUACAAAGAUCCUGACUAUGUACGGAAAGGAGAUGCAAGACUUCCACUUAAAUGGAUGGCUCCAGAGGCUAUUUUUGAUAAAAUUUAUACUACGCAGAGUGACGUGUGGUCUUUUGGCGUGUUACUAUGGGAAAUAUUUUCUCUGGGUGCCUCACCAUACCCGGGAGUGCAAAUUGAUGAGGACUUCUGCCGCCGCCUCAAAGAAGGAACACGGAUGAGAUCGCCAGAAUAUUCCACUCCAGAAAUCUACCAGACUAUGCUGGAUUGUUGGCAUGGAGUUGCCACAGAGCGGCCCACCUUCACAGAGCUGGUUGAGCGCUUAGGAGACCUCCUCCAGGCAAACGUGAAACAGGACGGUAAAGACUAUAUUCCACUGAACAUCACAUUAUGCCUUGAUGGAGAAUCUAACCCAAAGACCUGCCCAGUGGAAGAAAACUUGAGCAAUUGCAUUAAUCGCUGGAGUGCAUUGGGAAUAGGUAAUAACAGUAAGAAGAGACCGCUGAGUGUGAAGACAUUUGAUGAGGUGCCAGUGGAGAAGCAGAAAAUGAUGAAUGAGGAGAGCGAGUCGGAUAGCGGGAUGGUGCUGACAUCUGAUGAGAUGAAAAGCCUGAAGAGGCUGGAAAUCCGCUCCUGGCCUUAUGGGAUUAUGGCUCUAGCGCAGCGAGCUGUCAGCAAGAGCAAAGAAUCCAUGUUAUCAGAGCAUGAGAUUGUGAAAUACCAGCCAGCAGUACAGAUCGAUGAGGAAACCAUGGACUUCACCCUGGAAGACUCAGUCCUCCUGCCCAUGGAUCCAAACCUGGAAUGCCACAGCCCACCUCCUGACUACAACUCUGUCAUCCACUAUUCUGCCCCUCCAGUGUAAUCAGCCCAGUUCGAUCUUUGCACCUCUUUCAGCAAUGCUGGAUUCUCACAUGCCUCCACCAUUUGUACAGGCUGUUUAAAAGGACUAGGGUAAAAAGAGGAGAAGGAAACUGACAGGGUCCCUGCUAUGAAUGGAAACCCUUAAAGAGCAGCUACCUUAAAAGGUAUAUCUCAGCUUAUCUAGCUAACAUACCAGAAUCAAAAAUAGGAGCUGCAGCCCAAAAUUGCCCCCACUCCGGACUCCCCCCACUGGAUUGCUCAGUGGCAAUUGCAGAUGUGCAAGGUAUUUCAAUCCCUUUUUGCUCAUUGCAUACGAGAGUCACGGAGAAUCAAAUCAAGUCAGGUGUGAAAACAGUAUUGAUUCUGCUGGCCAUACGUAAACCCUGCAAGGAUUAUACGCUCAGAUGCUGUCCGGGGAUCAAUUAAGAACUGCAGCCCCAAACACUGAUAUGUGGAUUUUGAAACCGUACAUUAUUUUAAAAACAUGGGGAUCUCAUUGUCCCUCCCAAAAUCUAUUUGAAAUAUCAAAAUUAUUUUACUUAUGGUUGGUAUUCUAAUGGUGUUUAUAAAUCUUCUAGGAUCCGUCCUUAAAACCAUAUAACAUACACAGAGCAUGGGUACUCUGAGUACCCGCAGAAAGCCUGGAUUCGAUUGCAUUCUGGGCACACUACACAGCUCAUCUAUUUCCCCAGGUGUUUCCUUUGUGGGAACAACAAUUUAUUUUAGUGCAUUAUUUUAUAAUGAUUGUUCAGCACCCUAGGUCUUUGGAUAAGGACUUUAUAAAUUUAGAUAAAUAAAUUUUCCCGUGUGUGUAUGUGUGUGCAACAAUGCAGGCCAUAUGCCAUUGGGACACCAACAGUUUAACACAAUUAUUCUGUUUAACUUCUGACACAUAUCUUUAUAGAAAGCACUUCCCCUAGAUUCCACUGCUGAUGCCAAACACAGUUUGAUUUUUGGAAUACCAACCAAUAUCACACUAGGAGCAAUCUGACAUUUAGGUUUGUACUGCUGGGGCCCAUGCAGCCUGACCACCUUGCUACUGUGGUGUGUAAUGCCCUAAGCGAGUAAGUCAAAGCUUUUUGCAGUCAGGCCUGGCUGGAUCAUGGAUCUACAGAGCUGAGAAAUUCAAAGUGACCUGUCCCUCACCCCCCACAUGCUAUGUACAGCAGGAGAAUUGUAGGUUUGCCAGCAUGCACACCCAUCUCCUCCUUGCAGCAAACUCACAAGUAAGCAAGUAAAUCCUUGUAAUUGAAUGCACUGUGAAGUAAUCUCAGCUGACAUUAAAAAUUUAGGCAGGAGUAAAGCAUCUAGGAUAUCAAGUCUAAAGCAAGGCUGAGAAAGAUGUUCAUUGACAGUCAUGCCUGUAACCUCCUAAAUUAUAACCUGAGAAAAGGAGCUUUACAUUAAUUUUCUCCCUGGGGAUUUUUCCAAGGCCUAGGAAACCCCUCCAUUCCCUUCCCAGGUCUGGCAUUAGCAAUUACCUCUUUCCUUCAGAGGACAGAUCUUUUUAAAUGAUCACAAACCGAAAGAAGAAAAGGCACCUGGCAAACAAUGUGAUCAUCUUUCCCUAGCUCCUCCAGCAUAGUGAAAACAGACCAAACGCUCUCAGAACAUUAGAAUCAUUUUCCAAUUACUAGGUAGACCUGAUAACAUUGAAAUAAGCAUGAAAGAAGACUCAGGUAUUAUCACAGGGGAAAACAAAAAACAAACAAAACAUCCCAAGCCCAGCGCCCCCUUACCUGUGAAUGGUAAAACAGUUGAAAUGGGGGAUCCUCAGAUUGUAAUCUCGGUUCUCUUUAGUUCCUGAAUUAAUCUGGAAAAAGCAUGCAGGCUCCCAUUUAAGAAAAGAGAUCUGCAGUAAUUCACAAGGAUGAGUCCCCUUGUUCCUAGUUGACCUGCUGGGAAGUUGUGGUCUGUAAUUGCUUUAUUGUCAUUUUUGCACUUCUUUGUAUUGUAGUAACUAUGUGUUAACUAGAGCUGGUCAAAUAAUGAGAGAAACCUAUUGGGGAAUAAUUUAUCUAAAGAGUGACAAAUAGCUCUUUUGAUCAGCUGUUCAGUGAAUAUUAAAUUGACCAUCUAUAGAGCUGGUCAAAUAAUAAAGCACUUGGUUUGCAGAUAAUUUAUUCACAAGACAAAUGGAAAAAAUGUCUCCAAUAUAUAACUCUGCUGGGUCUAGCAUUAACAGUGUCAAUGUGAGACAGUUUUUGCUGUUGUACCUUGCUCUUAAGCUUGUGAAAAUUACAGUGUGUAAAAAACUUUUGCUUGCAAAUUCUAAAUAUAAGGAGGCCUAGGGAAAAAAUAACAGUUGCAAGUAUAUAAAUGUGCUCUCCAUUUUUAAAAUAAAAUUGGAAACACUGCUGUGCUAAUUAGCUGCUUCCAAGAAAACUCAGCAUCUUUCCCCUUCCCCUUUCUUCAGAACACAAUUUGCAGAGGCUUUUAUGAAACCAAAGGGAUGCAGGGGUUGUGUUCUAAGUGGAACCAAGGAGGUGCCUUUAUUUAAGGGGGCACUGCAUCUAGAGUCUUAUUAUGGCUUUUAGCCAACCUCCAUCACAGUUGUUUUUAUGUCACAUGAGAACACAGAAAUGCAGGCCUGGGCACUCUCCUUGAGAUCUGCAAAAUUAUACCCAUCUUAAUCACUGGUUCCAUGGAUGGGUCUCUAAAAAUUGAGGACCUCUCUGUCAUUCAAGGAUCAGGAGACAUCUAGGGCUAGCCAUGCCUGAUGCCCAGUUCAUCAGAACCAGGACAACCCCUUAAUCCCUAUCUGAGGGUGGGAGGGUUUGGUUCCUUUAUGUCAGCCUCAAAGCACUUAAGAAGUGUCCUGAACAAAACUGCAAAAUGACCAAGGUUUGGACAAAUGUGUUUCCAACUUUUAUUUGAGUGGAAGUUUCUUUUCUUCUUCAUGGUAAAUGCAACCAGCUGAACUAUUACCUGACAAGUAUUAUUCAUGUAUGUGUCUUGUAUUUUAUUUACUAAUAUUUUGUUUGUACUUUCCUCUCCUCCCUUAAUUUAAUUAUUGUUCUUUCCUUACAUUGGUGUAUAUAGUUUACCCAAUAGAGGCAAAUAUAGCAAUUCCUCUAUAUGAUUAUGUUUGUAACAUUUUAGUCAAGAGAGAGAUGGAGAUCCCCUGACGUAACAGAGUUAAGUAUCUUUACUAAACAUUUCACUAAUGCUUGCGGGCCAGGCUUGGUUUACAGUACUCUCCCAUUUCCAGUUUAUAGUCACUCUCCUUUUGGCUGUUAGCAUCUUUGGCUCUCCUUUAUUCCCUUUGUUACGUAGCUUCAGUUAGAAAACAGGGAGUGAGAGGACUCUGAUGGGCUUGUAACAUUCCUGCAGGUAUCAGCAGUGCAGCUCAAGGUAAAAAGGAGGUAUUUUCACAGGUUCUAGUCUAACUCAAGGCUGAUCUACUGGCAGGAGGAAGAGAGGAGGCCAAAUUGCUAAGUGAUGUAAUGUUUGAUUUUUCAGACUUCUCAGGGAUUCCUAUUUGACUCCAGGGGGCAGUUGGCUACCUGCCUUUCUAAUCUGAUUCAGUUCGCUGACAACUGUUAUUAAUCAGUGUAAACCUGUUGGGCUUUUUAUGGUGUUUUCCCCUUCUGUUUUUCCCUAGCAACCCCAAAGUAUCAGGCAAAGGGACUCUGAGCAUUCAGGGGCAAGAAUCUCCCCUGAUGAACCCUGGGAUGAGAUAAGAGGCCAAGGAUAAGGUACCUCAUUGGGGUCCACAACCAUCUUAUUAUUCUGGUGUUUCUUGACAUCUAUAUUCCCUGGUUCCCCCUUUUCCUUACUAUCCAUGUAUCUUAACACUUAAUUUCAUGGAAAGUGCAGAUCAUGUAUAGCCUCCCUCCUGGCUUCUCCCAGUAGCUUCUUCUCUGCCUUUUGGCUAAGAUCAAGUGUACAACUGGUUUCAGUCUGAUAUUGUCCAGGUAUCCUGUACUUGCUGGGGAUUGACUAGAUAGCUAAACAGGUCUUUUUUUCUUCACCUUUAACUUUAACCUUUUCCCAUCCUAAGACUUCCUACAUUGGCUAGAGUUGGGGACUGUGGCUUUUUUAUCUCUAUCAGAAACUGUCCCGGUAGCAUCUCCCUGAACAAAAUAUGUUUCUUCUCUUCUGGGUAUUUAAAUACCCAGCUUCUCCAGCAAGCUAAAAUUUGGUGGAUUUAUAGCUGAAGUCUGUUUGUCUCUCCUGUCUCCUUCAGACACUUUGAUCACUCUUUGCCUCUUUCACUUUAUCUUAACCAGCUGGAGGGCCCAAACUCAGACACUGGACCCAUCUCCCCCCUCCCCUGAGUUCUAGGGCACCUCCAAUCAAAAUGAAAAUCUCAUGUCUCAGGCCUUUCUCUGUAGUAGGCUCAAAUGAGGACAUUAAAUCUAGACCCCUGUUAAAUUUGGAUCCAUACUGAGAUCCAAAUCUAAAUAUCUCCAAACACCACAGUUUGGAUCUCUUUCUAAUGUGAACACUGCUCUUUCUUGCAACUCUGUUGGGCAGUUGUCUGGAGUCCUUCAAAAGGCCAUGGCACUUUAUCACUUCUUCUCUGUUUCCUGUGUAUUGUGAAGAGUGUUCACUGGCACUUUACUCUGUAACCAGUUAGUCAAAAGCUUAAGACAUAAAUCUUCUCAAUAACAUUUCAUCUUCAGCAGUGGCACUGUUUUGUCACAUCCAGUCUUACCUGGGAAGUGUUAUCGGCUUUUAAUACAAUUACAAGGGUGUGGUCUUGAUUAAUGGUUUCUAGCUCCCAAGUCCCAACUAGGCAAUCCCAUGGAAUAAAAUGCCUCUGAUGAAACAUCAGCAGCAAAAUGUCCAUAACAAGAUAGAAUGCUACAAAGCACUGCAUCUGUAGGAGAUGAUGCAAUUCUGAACUCAAACACAGGGCCUUCUUCUUAAAAUUAAUUGGAAGGAGAGAACAGGAGAGGAAGUAUGAAUUUCCCUUGUUCGACCACAGUUCUGGUUUGUUUGUACCAAGUGUUGUUUCCAUAUUGUGUAGAAGGACAAAAAGUCCCAGUUCCUGGCUGGACUGCAAGAGCUCACUGGCAUGCCAACCAAAUAUGAUGCCUUAAAAGAUAUGGUUACUCACGAAGACUAGCAUGGAAUGCAGGAACCAAAGAGUGUCUUUGCCUGCCUGAUAAUCCUGUUUCACAAGAGCCAGCCCAGCCUUUUUAUUCAAUUCAUUUUUUCUUAGACCUUGAGCUGUCAAAGCUGUUAAUGAAAGCUGGGAAAGCCCAAUAACUGUGGAGUUAAGGAAAAUAAACUAAGCAAGUGCCAUGGUAUUACUCAAAUCACUAUGGAAUGUCUGGGUGCCCUGUCCCUGUCUGGCUGAAGAAUGUAUGCACUGAAAACUCCGCUUUCUUACGUAGUCGAAAAUUGUAUUGUAUCUAUUAACCAAAAUAAAAUGAUUCUAUAUUUAUACAG